UGUAAUUCAUUAUUGCUUUUUUCUGUCAUGAAUUAAUUUCAUAGAAGAUGCUUUAGGAAGCUUAAUACCAAAGCCAUAACAUCUUUGUCAGAAUUAAUUAGCUGUUCACAAAGAUUCACAUACUCUGAACUUUGUUAAAAAUGUUUAUUAUUUUCAAAUUUUAAUAGCCUUGGUUGUAAGUGCAAAGCAAAAAAUCAAAGUAUAAGAUAGGCAACGGCAGUCAGGAAUAGAUCAAAAUUCCCCCUCCAUUAAUGCCACACCGGUAUUUUUCCACACAUUUCCCACUCAGAUCUGAAAUUUCUGGCAGGGAGGGGUGGGGGUGGUCAGCACUAUUUCCAUUUCACAGACAAAAUCAAGGUACAGAGAGUGCAAGGCUCAAUACUAUUGGCUAAACCAGUACCAGAAAUACAAUCCCCAUCACUCAGCUCUCAAGUCCAGGUGCUGGAAAUUCCCGUCUCCUUUCCUGUCGGUCAAAGGGCGGCAGCCAGUAAUGCCCGUGCCAGCUGAGCUCUUCCCUCGCUGCAUCCCUUACCUCUUGCAGGUCCCAGAGCACGGGGCCGGCGGGCCUGCCUUCUCCCGGCUGCAGACAGCCCACAGCUCCGCGUCCUGUGGUGCUCACCACAGGCGAGGAGAGCCCCGAGUACGUCAAACACCUACACGGCUUUAGAUGGGACUGAGGGAAGCGAGGACGAACAGCUACAGGAUAACAAGGCAAACAGAAGACCAAGCGUCGCCCUCGGGACCUCCAGACCUCUCUCCAAGCGGAGCCCCAAGAGAACAAGUCCCUGUCCUCACCCCGCACCGCACCGGAGCCCCCCAGAGCCGCCCGGCCUCCGGGGAGAGCGCCCGAGCGCGCACAGCCGGCCCGGCCCCGGCACACUGCGCUGGCAGCGACCAGGACAAGGGAAAGAUAUUGAACAGCGUCCCUCGGCGAGGCAGGUCCCGGCACUGCGGGAGCGGCAGCCCGGGACAGGCCCGGCCCGGCCCCCCGGGACCCGCUCCCACGGACAGACUUCCGCGUCAGGGGCCCGUCUGCGCAUGUGCCAGCGGCACCAGCGCCCCCACCCCGCCGGCCGUCCCUGGCUGUACCACUGUGUGCCCAAUGUAUGGGUAGAGGCAAAAGAGGGCAGCGGCUCCAGGCGGUUCUGUGGGCCUCAGUCCCGCCUAGGACUCGUCAGUGAGAAUCCUGUUCUGUUCUCGAGCCUAUGGGUGCCCUCCAAACUCGCUCCUCACCCAGUUCCCGCACGCGAUCCGCCCCAACUUCCCCCGAGGAUGUGCUGUGGUACAUGCCGCUCCCAGCUGAUUCGGUGGCUUGACGAAACCAUCGCGCUUAGGACGGGGGGAGCCACGGUGUCGGAGGGGGGGCACGCAUUGUUGCGCGAAGGGCCGAGCGGCGCUCCGGGGAGGGCGGGCGCGCGCCGCUGUGGCACCGGGGCGGUCACCGGCCCGGUUGGGGGGGCGGUGCCGUCCCACGGAGCUCCGCGUCCCUGUGCCGUCGCGUCUCCGCUCCCCUGCCCGCCCCAUCGGCAGGGUGCGGCCGGGCCCCCCCGCGGCCUCCCCCUCCGCCGCCUCCCCAGUGGUGCCGCCCGGCUCCAGCUGACCGGCCUGGAAUCCCGGCCGGGAGCCGCGCGCCCCCCGCCCGCCGCCGCCCCGCGCCCCGGCCCCACCAUGGGAGACGCCGGCAGCGAGCGCAGCAAGGCGCCCAGCCUGCCCCCGCGCUGCCCCUGCGGCUUCUGGGGGUCCAGCAAGACUAUGAAUCUGUGUUCCAAAUGCUUUGCUGAAAAAAGAAAUCCACACAAUGAAAAAG